AUGGAGCUGCUAGACGGGGUGUUUGGGCUCGUGUUGGCGACGUUGGCUGCCCUUGGCCAGUCAGAGCAGUUCACCGCCGAGGAUACGCCAGUGGAGAACAGGUUGAGGUUGGAUGGUGAGGCCGUAGCCUGUAUUGUGGGCAGACGUGGAGGCACCAAGCUUUGUGUGCGCCACGAAGGGCAGGACAGCAUGCGGGUCAGUGUGUUGAUGUCCGAGCAGUUCGCCGACGAUGGCACGCUGGUGAUGAGGUCGCUGUUCGUGGCUGUAGCUGUCUCCCGUAUCUUCGCGGGAGAGACCUGCACCUGCGAUAACUCGGAGCUGUUCCCGGCGGGCAUGGCGAAGAUGGUCACGGGUGAUGACUAUGCCAUGCCAACUGCGUCGGGGCGAUGUGGUGCCCUAUAG